AGCUACGCCAUGCGACCAGUCAAGUCGUCGCAAGGUAACUUACGGAGCCAAUCACGAGGGGGCAGCAAAAUGGGCGCGGGCCCGAAACAGAAGCAUGAUUGACUCAGAUCUUGGAUUGGGAAAGCGAACGGCGUGGUGCCACAUGCACGGCUGGGAAGAAAGAAACCAAUCAGGGAUGAGUGGCAGAGUCCAGCCAGGAACUUGGGAGGGAACCAGGACGCGAACCCCUAGCGAAUUCAUGCUCCAACUAUCUGACUGGUAGGAAUUUGAAUAAGUACCUGUUUGCAUAUCGAACUCCCGCAGUUCGUUUUUUCUUUCGUAAAGCGGGAUCCUGCUUCCCGUGGACUCCGCGCGCCGCCGCUUCCAGCUUCCCGCGCUUCUCGAUUCAUUUUUUUUCCCGUGUCGUCGUCUCCUGCUUGCAGCUUCCCGCUACCCGCCACCUGCUGCUUCCCCUCCCCCCCUCCCGCUUCCUGCUGGGAGUCUGUUCGCUGCGCCCAGCCCCGCUCGUGCCGCUGCCUUGCGCUUCCCGCUACCUGCUUCUCUGCUUCUUCCGCUACCCUCCUCCUGCUUCGCGCUUCCCACUUCUCGCUUUUCGCCGCUUCCCGCCCAGUCUAUCUUCCUGGUUCCCGCUUCCAGGCCGUCCCCUUGUCGCUGCUCGCUGUUUCACUCUUCCUGCUUCAUGCGUCGCAUCCCCGCUGCUUCCCGCUGUUUCCUGCUUCCUGCCUCCUGCUCCCCGCUUCCUGCCUCUCUGGAGACGCUGUUUCCUGCUUCACGCUUCCCGCGUCCCGCGGCUCGCGGCCAGCCGCUUCCUAAGUUCCAGGCGACCCAAAGCCAGACCAACGGAGCGCCCCCAGCCUGAGCUGCAGCGCACAGAUAACAGCGAGUUGGGGACGCUGGCCCUGACUUCGAGUGCCAAUGACGGAAUCCUUGGCCUGGACAUAGUGUGUCAGUGUGCACAGACCGUGUAAUUUAUUCUGCAGGCAAUUUGCAUAUGUGUCACAAGUUUUUGUACUUGUAAUUUAUUCUGCAGGCUAUUUGCACAAAAGGCACAACAACAUUACUAGUGAUGGGCAUCGAGGCAUAGAGAGAGAGAGAGAGAGAGAGAGAGAGAGAGAGAGAGAGAGAGAGAGAGAGAGAGAGAGAGAGAGAAGAGAGAGAGAGAGAGAGAGAGAGAGAGAGAGAGAGGAGAGGGAGGGAGAGGGAGGGAGGAGGGAGGGAGAGGGAGGGAGGGAGGGAGGGAAGGGAGGGAAG